AUGGAGGAAAAACAAAAAACAACCUUUUUUCAAGGAACACUUUCCUUUCUUUGCUCAGACCCUCUAUUCUCCACCAUUUUCACUCUCUACAUUCUGAUUCUACUCUACUUCCCAGCUUUUUGUCAUGGACUCAUUUGCUCGCCAGUUCUAUUUUUCACCUCAAUUAUCUUGCUCUAUCUUCUCCGGCUCGGUGCAAGUCAAGAAGCCCAAAAGGAAGCGGGAUCCGAUUCGACACAGAAAUUAUUGCCGCAGAAUGAAGAAUUUUCUGAUAAUGAUCUCUACCGGGUCUCGAAUGAAUCCGAAAGUGGUCCGAGCCCGAAUUCGAAUCCUGGUCCCAAUUUUUUGGCUGAUUGUUUUGUGGAAUGGAACGUCAGGGCUCCGCUGGAGGUUAUACAUGAAGAAUACGAAGGUGAAGGAGAAGGAAACGAGGGGUUUUGGGAGGAAAAGAAAGAGGCCCAGAUGGCUAUAAUUGAGAAAUAUGCAUCUCUGUCACUGUAUUACCCUGCAUCCGAUACAGACACUUCAUCGGACGGAGAUUCCCCGACGAUUGAAGACUUGGAGUUAUCGGAGAAUUUGUGGGAAGAUGAUGAUAAAGAAGGGUUGAUAGAGAUUGAAUUGGACGGAAAGAAGAAUAAUAGGGAAGUCGACGAAGAUAAUUUAAUUGAGAUUAAUCUUUUUCCGUCGAGAUGA